AUGUUGGCCUCUGCCUUGAUUAUCCUCGCUGCCAGUUUGGCCAACGCUGGUCCGUCUCAGGUGAACGCGGACGUCGGCUUUUUCGAUCCUACUGCGAAUGGAGGAUCUUGGCUCGAUAAUGCUGGGGACGGCUUCGGCGAGCCUAUGAAUGUCGUCAUUUCCGGCCUCAGUUCGCCCGAUGUUCUCACUGACGACGGUAUCGUCAACUUCGCUCAGGCUAUAGGCUUCUCCAUCGAAUGCUUGGAUAUCCACCUCGGCGCCCCUCAGUCCGCCAACCUCGGUGAUGGCAAUGGCUUCGUCAACCAGACCAUCGAGCUCCGCGAGGACUUCGGUAGCGCAGGCAUCGGCACCUGCCUCGAGUCUCUCGUCGGCGGCGACCAUUUCAGGGUCUUCCGCCAGAACGGCUCCCAAGCCAACAGCGGUGCUCUCUUCCUUGCUGUCUCCAAGGAGGAGGACAUUUUUGAAAGCCAUACUAUCGUCCCCAACGGCUACAACAUUGGCCGUGACGAACUGGUUUCGGCCGCUGUUGGAACCACUAGCUUCAACGAUGUUACCUACAGUACCACGUCUGAGACUUUGACUGGUGUCAUGCCCGCUGGCACUGCUGGUGUUAACCACAAUAUCUCCAUCGACGGAAAUGCCAUUCUCCUUACUGUCCAGAUUGACUAA